CAAAACCAUGGGAAGCACUUCCGGUUUGGAGGCGCGCGACCUGCGUAGCUACUUCCGGGUUCCCAGUUCGUUCGCUCCUUUCGCCACGCCACACAGACACCGGCUGCCGCCUUCUACUACAUCCGGGCCCCUCGCACUGCUGCUGCUGCUGCCGCCGCCGGGUGCUGAGACCCCCUCCCCGCUGCACCGGGGAGAUGCUGCUGCGGGGCUUGCUGGGCCCUGGUGCCGCGGCCUGGUCCGCGAUCUCGGGGUUGCGGGGGCUGGUGCUGCUGCUGCUGUGCCUGACGGGCGCCGUGCGGGCCUCCGAGAUCACGUUCGAGCUGCCCGACAACGCCAAGCAGUGCUUCUACGAGGAGAUCGCGCAGGGCACCAAGUGCACCCUGGAGUUCCAGGUGAUCACUGGAGGGCAUUAUGAUGUUGAUUGUCGGCUGGAAGAUCCUGAUGGCAUUGUGUUGUACAAAGAGAUGAAAAAACAGUAUGAUAGCUUUACCUUCACUGCAUCUAGGAAUGGAACAUACAAAUUCUGCUUCAGCAAUGAAUUUUCUACUUUCACGCACAAAACUGUAUACUUCGACUUCCAGGUUGGAGAAGAUCCACCUCUGUUUCCUAGUGAGAACAGAGUCACUGCACUUACCCAGAUGGAGUCUGCUUGUGUUUCAAUUCAUGAAGCUUUGAAGUCUGUUAUCGAUUAUCAGACUCACUUCCGCUUGAGAGAAGCACAAGGUCGCAGCAGAGCAGAAGAUCUAAACACCAGAGUAGCCUAUUGGUCAAUAGGGGAAGCCAUCAUUCUUCUAGUAGUUAGUAUUGGGCAGGUAUUUCUCCUGAAAAGCUUCUUUUCCGAUAAAAGAACCACCACAACCCGUGUUGGAUCAUAACCAGUAGUGAAAUGAUGCUUCAGAUCCACUGUACACUGUUCAUCUGUAAACUUACUGUUCUCCAAUUAAUUGUAGAUACAAAAGAACUAAAGAUAGGCAACAGUUUUAAUACCGUUUUACCCCUUCCCAUUCAUUAAAAAUUACAAAAAGUAGUCAAAGUGAAAGGGACACCUUUUUAUUUGGAAAAGU